AAAAAGAAGAAGAAGAAGCAUCCCGCCGUAGUGACAUUUCAUCAGUUUAUCGCAGUUUAUUGUGAAAGUUUGUCGCGUGAAGUGCAGCAGCUCCGUGAAAAAGUGCAAAAAAAUCAAAACAAGCAGCAGGUAAAUCAUGGCCCGUACAAAGCAGACCGCUCGUAAGUCAACCGGAGGAAAGGCUCCGCGUAAGCAGCUCGCUACCAAGGCAGCCCGUAAGAGCGCCCCAUCCACUGGUGGUGUGAAGAAGCCCCAUCGCUACCGCCCCGGUACUGUGGCUCUUCGUGAAAUUCGUCGCUACCAGAAGUCCACUGAAUUGCUCAUCCGCAAGCUGCCCUUCCAGCGUCUCGUGCGUGAAAUUGCGCAAGACUUCAAAACCGAUUUGCGCUUCCAAUCGGCCGCUAUUGGAGCCCUUCAGGAGGCCAGUGAAGCCUACCUCGUGGGUCUCUUUGAGGACACCAACUUGUGCGCCAUCCACGCCAAACGUGUGACAAUUAUGCCCAAGGAUAUCCAGCUGGCACGACGAAUUCGUGGCGAGCGCGCUUAAAUUCUCUUCAAACACUCCAAAAUGGAUUUACUUGUCCAUACAAGAGUUUUCUAUACAUUUCUUCUUAUUUUUAUGUAUUAAGAAACCUCCUCCCCCCAUCCAAAAUUAGAUGUACCCCCAUGCGCGGAAUCGCCAGGGAGCCCUCCCCCUACAAAUUGAGAAAUUUCGUGAAUUGUAACGAUUUUAGCGGGGAGAAAGAGCGAUCGCGUUCUUUAAAUGUAUUUAGUUGAAUUCACACAAAUAAUAAACAUUAAACUACACGAAA